CACGUGGCACGCAGCAUUUUUGGGCGCGUCGCCACGUUCAUUUCGGUUUCCACAGCGCAUCGAGCGAGCAGCAGGAUGAAGCUUCCCGUGGUGUCCUUCCUCAUGGCGAUUGCCGCCAUCUUCGUGCACAUGCCUACCGUGGUGGAAAGCAACCUGGCAGGCGUUGACUUUGGCGGCGAGUUCUUCAAGAUUGCCCUCGUCAAGCCCGGCAAAUCGUUUGAAAUUGUCACCAACGUACACAGCAAGCGGAAGACCGAGACGAUUGUGUCGUUCAAUGGCGAAGAACGUCUGUUUGGUGCCGACGCCAUGAACAUUGAAGUCCGUCGCCCGCAGAACGCGUACUCGCAGAUCCGUCGCCUCCUCGGCACAACCGUGACCCAUCCGUUGGUUGAAUCCAUGACCAAGUCCGAAUACUUUCCAUACACAUUGACGCAUAACGAAACGCGCGGGUCCGUUGGGCUCAAGCACGACGACGAGCACACGUUCCACGCGGAAGAGCUCGUGGCGAUGGUGUUCACCCACGCGAAGACGAUCACGAACGAGUUUGCCGAAGGUCCCGUCAGGGACUGGGUCGUGACCGUGCCGAGCUACUUUGCCGAAGCCCAGCGCCAAGCUGUGAUUGACGCGGCAGAAAUCGCCGGCAUUCGCGUGUUGUCAUUGAUCGACGAAAAUACUGCCGCCGCGCUCCACCACGCAUUGUCCAUCGACGUGCCCGAAGUCGGCAAGCCGACGCGCGUCAUGUUCUACAACAUGGGCUCGACGUCGCUGCAAGUGUCCGUGGUCGAGUACACCAGUCGCAUCGUGCCGGACGGGUUCAAGAAGAACAAGACGAUCGUGGACUUUGAAGUGCUGGGCAAGUCCUGGGAUGAAACGUUGGGGGGAUCGCAGUUUGACCUCCGGCUGGCCGACAAGUUUGCGGACGAGUUCAACACGAAGCUCAAGAAAGGCGACGACAUCCGCCUCGUUCCCCGCGCCAUGGCCAAGCUCCGCGCCGCCGCGCGCAAGACCAAGAUUGUGCUGAGUGCCAACGAAGUGAUCCCGGUGGUCGUGCCGAGCUUGCAUGCCGACUUGGACUUUAAGAGCAACGCCAAGCGCAGCGAGUUUGAAGCGUUGUGCGCCGACUUGUUUGGGCGCGUGCUCGGCCCCGUCGAGUCGGUGCUGCAAAAGACCGGGUUGGCCAAAACCGACCUCAGCGCCAUCGAAAUCAUCGGCGGCGGCGUCCGCAUCCCCAAGAUCCAGUCGCUGCUCAAGGGGUACUUUGAGCGCGACCUGGGCCUGCACUUGAACGGCGACGAAGCCAUGGCACUUGGCGCGGCGUUCCACGGCGCGAACCUCAGCACGGCGUUCCGCGUGCGCCACGUCGGCAUGACCGACAUAGCGUCGUAUCCCGUCGGCGUCCGUCUCGUGGACUUGCAUCGCGAGCAUUCCGCGGCGGACGACGGUGACGACAAGCACUGGGUGAAGCGCGCAUCGCUGUUUGGCGACGCCCAGCGACUGAACGUCAAGAAAUCGGUCUCGUUUUCCCAUUCCACCGACGUAAGCUGCACAUUCCGGUACGACCAGCCGUCUGGCCUCCCCGCGGGCACGUCGGCGCUGAUUUCGCGCUACAACAUCACGGGCAUCGACGCGUUUGUGUCCAAGUAUGCCGACAAGAACCUCGGCGAGCCCAAGGUCACGCUCACGUUUUCGCUGGACGGAAGCGGGCUGGCUCAUAUUGUCAAGGCCGAGGCGUCACUCGAAGAAGAAGUCGAAGUCGUGGAGAAAAAAAAGAUCAAAAAGGAUGGCGACGACAAGAAGAAGACGACCAACGACGUUGAAGCCGAUAAAACCGAGGCGAAAGCAGAGGACGACGAUGUCAACGAUGUCGAAGACAAGGUUGAGUACGAAGAGAUCAAGACGCUGCAAAAGAAGGUCCACCGCGGGCCGUUGGUGGUCGUGCGCGCCGACGGCGUCCACCGCCACGACGCUGGCAUGUCGAUUGUGCCCAUGAGCGUCCGCACCAAGAAGGAAUCGAUCGCGCUCUUGUCCGAGCUUGACAAAGCCGACAGCAUCCGCAAGACCAACGCCGAAGCCAAAAACCGCCUCGAAGCGUUCGUGUACGAAGCGCGCGAGUACCUGAGCCAGCAAGAGGAAGCGGUCGCGUCCGUGAGCACCCCCGACCAGCGCGAGAAGCUCGCGACCGAAGUCGACGCGACGGAAGAGUGGCUGUACGAAGAUGGAGACGACUUGGACGCCAACGCGUACAACGAGCGCCAUGCCCCGCUGCGCGCGCAGUUGGACGCGCUCGCGUUCCGCGUCGACGAGCUCGCGGCGCUUCCUGAAGCCAUUUUGAAGGCGCAGCAGUAUGUGAUUUCCACCAAGGACCUCAUGGAGCAGUGGGCGACCGAGAAACCCCAGGUGACGGAGGCCGAACGCGGCGACAUCGUGGCCAAGGUGGACGAGCUCGCGGCAUGGAUCGAGGAAGAGCAGGCCAAGCAGGCCGCCAUCCCCAAGCAUGACACGCCCGUGCUGACGUCGGCCCAAGUGCUCAAGAAGGUUUCGUUCGUCAAGAAACUCGUCACGGCGCUCGGCAAGAAGCCGAAACCCGUCGUGGAAAAGAAGAAGGAAGAGUCGGAGAAGAAGCCCAAGAACGACACUGCCGACGAGACCCCCCCGGAGGACCUGGACGGACAUGACUCGAAGAAAGAUGUUGAGGACAAGACGCCCAAGGAAGGAGAUGCGAGCACCUCUGACGAUAAGAAGAAGGACGAGCUGUAGAGGUACCAAUAGGUUUAUGAACACGAUAAGUAUAUUCCCAUCAUUUUGGACGAG